AUUUGUUUCAAUAGUUCAUCCAAACUGAAAUGGCGGCAGUGGCAUCCUCUCAUCUAAUGCUUGUUCUUCGUUCACAACCAUCGCCUUCUUCUUCUUUCUUUUCCUUUCUCAAACCCCUUUUCUUUUCCUCUGCCAAUACACCCAUUCGACACAUCCACGUUCCACCGCUUCGAAAAUCUCUCUUCUCCACCUCUUCCUCUUCCUCUUCCCUUGUUGUUUCUCAAGGUGGCGAAGUAACAGAGAUUGUGGAUGAUGAAUUGGAAACCCCAAGGGGAGAUUUUGAAGAUACCCAAUUGGAUUCAAGUUUGUCGCCGUUGGAGAGAAAGAGGGAGGAGAGGCUGAAGCUGGAGGUGCCGAGUCUCACUGUGAAAGAAAGGAAAGAGCUUGCGUCUUAUGCUCACAGUUUGGGGGAUAAACUCAAGACCCAGUUGGUGGGUAAGUCUGGAGUUACCUCCAACGUUGCCACUUCUUUCAUUGAGACCCUUGAAGCCAACGAGCUUCUCAAGAUUAAAAUACAUAGGAGCUGUCCAGGCGAGUUAGAUGAUGUGGUGAAGCAGUUGGAAGAAGCAACCGGUUCAGUGGCUGUCGGUCAGAUCGGUCGAACGGUGAUUAUAUUCAAGCCCAGUCUCUCCAAAUUGAAGGCAGAAGAAAAGAAGAAACAAGCUCGUAACCUUAUUCUGAAAAAACAACUAAAACCAAGACUGGUAAACAAGAGUAAGGAACAAGUACCCAAAUUAUCGCGGCCUGGUUCAUCAUGGAAAGGAAGAAACCGUAGGUCAUAAACAUAUUGUAAUAGUGUCGAGUUUUGUCCUGGUGCUUGGUCUGAGCGAGCUUGAGGCUUUCCUUGUAUAAAACCAAUGGUCAAGGAGCUGGACAUUUUAUUGGUAAAAGAAAGUUCAGUUAAAUUAAAGCUCAUUUUGGAUCAAAGAACGCUUGCAUACGGUGAUAGGAUGUGUUUGUGACCACAGCGAGAGAAUGCUACAGAUCUUUAACCAAGUUUGGUUAGGAUUGUGGAAAGACAAAAUCAGUAGAUUCUAUUAUGAUAAACAUAUUGUAUUUGCAAUUAUUACUUGAUCUAUUGAACAUAUUGUAUUGGCAAAUAUAAUAAUCCCUUGAUUAAUCAACCACAUUUGCUUGCAAAA